CAACCAUGCAGAAUACCACAGCUACCAGUACAACACUCAGUCCAACUACUGUUCCUUCAACAAUAACCACUCAAACUACAGCUAGCACUACACCGUCUACAACACAAGCUACAACCAAUACUCCGUCCACAGCAAUACAAGAUACCACAUCACAGCUUCAUUCCACCACUGCUGCACCAACAACAACCAUGCAGAAUACCACAGCUACCAGUACAACACUCAGUCCAACUACUGUUCCUUCAACAAUAACCACUCAAACUACAGCUAGCACUACACCGUCUACAACACAAGCUACAACCAAUACUCUGUCCACAGCAAUACAAGAUACCACAUCACAGCUUCAUUCUACCACUGCUGCACCAACAACAACCAUGCAGAAUACCACUACUAUUACCACAGCUACCAGUACAACACUCAGUCCAACUACUGUUCCUUCAACAAUAACCACUCGAACUACAGCUAGCACUACACCGUCUACAACACAAGCUACAACCAAUACUCCGUCCACAGCAAUACAAGAUACCACAUCACAGCUUCAUUCUACCAUUGCUGCACCAACAACAACCAUGCAGAAUACCACUACUACAACCACAGCUACCAGUACAACACUCAGUCCAACUACUGUUCCUUCAACAAUAACCACUCAAACUACAGCUAGCACUACACCGUCUACAACACAAGCUACAACCAAUACUCCGUCCACAGCAAUACAAGAUACCACAUCACAGCUUCAUUCCACCACUGCUGCACCAACAACAACCAUGCAGAAUACCACAGCUACCAGUACAACACUCAGUCCAACUACUGUUCCUUCAACAAUAACCACUCAAACUACAGCUAGCACUACACCGUCUACAACACAAGCUACAACCAAUUCUCCGUCCACAGCAAUACAAGAUACCACAUCACAGCUUCAUUCCACCACUGCUGCACCAACAACAACCAUGCAGAAUACCACUACUAUUACCACAGCUACCAGUACAACACUCAGUCCAACUACUGUUCCUUCAACAAUAACCACUCGAACUACAGCUAGCACUACACCGUCUACAACACAAGCUACAACCAAUACUCCGUCCACAGCAAUACAAGAUACCACAUCACAGCUUCAUUCUACCAUUGCUGCACCAACAACAACCAUGCAGAAUACCACUACUACAACCACAGCUACCAGUACAACACUCAGUCCAACUACUGUUCCUUCAACAAUAACCACUCAAACUACAGCUAGCACUACACCGUCUACAACACAAGCUACAACCAAUACUCCGUCCACAGCAAUACAAGAUACCACAUCACAGCUUCAUUCCACCACUGCUGCACCAACAACAACCAUGCAGAAUACCACAGCUACCAGUACAACAUUCAGUCCAACUACUGUUCCUUCAACAAUAACCACUCAAACUACAGCUAGCACUACACCGUCUACAACACAAGCUACAACCAAUUCUCCGUCCACAGCAAUACAAGAUACCACAUCACAGCUUCAUUCCACCACUGCUGCACCAACAACAACCAUGCAGAAUACCACUACUAUUACCACAGCUACCAGUACAACACUCAGUCCAACUACUGUUCCUUCAACAAUAACCACUCAAACUACAGCUAGUACUACACCGUCUACAACACAAGCUACAACCAAUACUCUGUCCACAGCAAUACAAGAUACCACAUCACAGCUUCAUUCUACCACUGCUGCACCAACAACAACCAUGCAGAAUACCACUACUAUUACCACAGCUACCAGUACAACACUCAGUCCAACUACUGUUCCUUCAACAAUAACCACUCAAACUACAGCUAGCACUACACCGUCUACAACACAAGCUACAACCAAUACUCCGUCCACAGCAAUACAAGAUACCACAUCACAGCUUCAUUCCACCACUGCUGCACCAACAACAACCAUGCAGAAUACCACAGCUACCAGUACAACACUCAGUCCAACUACUGUUCCUUCAACAAUAACCACUCAAACUACAGCUAGCACUACACCGUCUACAACACAAGCUACAACCAAUACUCCGUCCACAGCAAUACAAGAUACCACAUCACAGCUUCAUUCCACCACUGCUGCACCAACAACAACCAUGCAGAAUACCACAGCUACCAGUACAACACUCAGUCCAACUACUGUUCCUUCAACAAUAACCACUCAAACUACAGCUAGCACUACACCGUCUACAACACAAGCUACAACCAAUUCUCCGUCCACAGCAAUACAAGAUACCACAUCACAGCUUCAUUCCACCACUGCUGCACCAACAACAACCAUGCAGAAUACCACUACUAUUACCACAGCUACCAGUACAACACUCAGUCCAACUACUGUUCCUUCAACAAUAACCACUCGAACUACAGCUAGCACUACACCGUCUACAACACAAGCUACAACCAAUACUCCGUCCACAGCAAUACAAGAUACCACAUCACAGCUUCAUUCUACCACUGCUGCACCAACAACAACCAUGCAGAAUACCACUACUACUACCACAGCUACCAGUACAACACUCAGUCCAACUACUGUUCCUUCAACAAUAACCACUCAAACUACAGCUAGCACUACACCGUCUACAACACAAGCUACAACCAAUUCUCCGUCCACAGCAAUACAAGAUACCACAUCACAGCUUCUUUCCACCACUGCUGCACCAACAACAACCAUGCAGAAUACCACAGCUACCAGUGCAAGACUCAGUCCAACUACUGUUCCUUCGUCAACCAGUAAAAUUGCAAGUCCACCACCAGAUACUACAACUGAGGGAAUAACAACCUUGCCGACAAGUACAACCAAAGACUCAAACCAAAGUGAGUAUUAUCUACGUUAA